AUGGCAGAUAUCAUUGGUAUAUAUCAUUCAUUAGUAGGCCGACAGGUAGUCAGCUACAUUUCUCAAUUCAAUCGUCAAUCAAUCAAAUAUCUAGCAGAUAGAAAGAGUAUGAAAAAUCCCAGAAAGGAAAAUAAAAGGAAGGACAGUGGAAAAAAGGGAGAUAGUGAAGUCAGAGAUGUAAAGAAAUAA